AUGGAAUAUCUGGUCCGACUUGCCCAGUGGCACCAGAGUUUCCGUGUCCCGGAACUCCAGGCCGUGGCUACUUAUCUGGGAAUUGAUCUUGAGAUUAUUUUCUAUGAUGACUUUUCACCAUACUGCAUCGUCAAAUUGCCCGAUGAAGCUGCCGCACGCGCACUCAUCGCGCGAAGCAUUCUAGCCAAGGAUAUCUUUGAGCUAUGGGGCCAAGGAACAAACUACGAAGAGCUUCAUGCCGACGUCAAGAAGAGGACCCCUCACCUCUGGCCCAAAUAUCUUAAUGUCGCAUUCGGCUUUGACGUGGAUAGCUACUCAGGGAAACGCAGUCAAACCACUAAGAAAGAGAUCAUCCUUUCAUUCAGCUACCUAGGAUUUGAAGGUCCUAUCAGAUUGAAGAAUCCUGAUCAGUCAUGGUUGAUUAUGGAGAAAUACGUCUCCCAGUGGGAAGUACCUGUCAACGAACAAGAGAAGAAUCCCGAGCCACAGAAGAUCUACUUGGGUCGGUAUCUCGCAAAAAGUGAUCGCGGUUCGAUUAUCAAGUACGAUCUGAAGAAACGUAAAUACAUCAGCACAACCUCGAUGGACGCAGAGUUGAGUCUUGUGACGGCGAAUAUGGCACUCGCAGGACCUGGAAAGCUUUUCUACGAUCCCUUCGUUGGAACUGGAAGUUUCCUCGUUGCUGCUGCACAUUUCGGAGCAUUGACUUUGGGCUCGGAUAUUGAUCCUCGCAGUUUCCGUGGAAAGGAUGAAGAUCGCCAGCAUAAGCAUGACCUUGCAUUGAUGCGGAACUUCCAUCAAUACGGAAUAGUGAGCAAGUAUAUUGACACGUUUGGAUCUGAUCUCACCAAUACACCUUUGCGAAGAAAUCAUUUCCUUGACGGUAUUGUCUGUGAUCCGCCCUACGGUGUACGCGAGGGCCUUCGGGUGCUUGGAGCUAGGGACGGAAAGCAGAUUGAGCCUGUUGUUAUCGACGGAGUCCUUAACUACUACCGACCCGGAUAUAUUCCACCUAAGCGGCCUUACGGAUUUGAGGCUAUGCAGAAAGAUAUCCUCGACUUUGCAGCCCGCGCUCUUGUUAUCAAUGGGCGUCUUGUGAUGUGGAUGCCGACAGCUCUUGAAGAUGUUGAUUUGCCGCUGCCUAUGCACGAGAACUUGGAAGUUGUUAGUGUGUCAGUGCAAUCUUUUGGCAACUGGGCUCGUCAACUUAUUACUUACCGCCGUCUACCAGAGGGUGAGCUCUCUGAUAUCUCAAAGGGAAGAGCCGUUGAAGAUGAUCGUGGUGUUUCGGCCAGUGAGCUGAAUACAUUCCGACGAAAGGUACGUCAUCCAUAUGCACUGCGCACUAUCGCUGUCUAG